CUUCCCACCCCCGAGAUUGGGAGCCCCGUGUGGGACAGGGACUAUGUCCGAACUGAUUAUCCUGUCUCCCACGGUGCUGUAGCACCCCGUUCCCGCUGAAUAAAUGCUACUUUUCAUACUAAAAUGAGUUGCCAUCUGUACACAGAAUACCACAGGACCGGAGAAGAGGUCCCCGAUAAAUACUCCCUCAUCCCUAAAGCUCAGUGAGCUGAAGCCUGAGGUCCAGGACCCCUGUCUGGCCUCCUCCUCCCUUUUCCUCCUCCACACCAUGCUUCCUGCUCCCAGGAGGAGGGUGGCGGCGGCCACCUGUGGGGCUUCAAAUAGCCAUGGCCACUGCCCUCACUGGGUCCAGGAGCCCUGAAGUCCCAUUCUUGGUGGGAGGGGCCAUCUUAGAUCUUUGAGGGUGGGCCCAUCCCUGCCCCCACCCCCCAGAGCUCCUGGGAUCGGAGCCCAAGGGGCACCUUGCAGUCCUAUUAAACUCCCAACUCCUCCUCCUCCACCUUGGUCCUCCUGCACCUUGUAGGGGGGAGAGGCUGACCUGAGCCCUGCCCUGGGGCCCAGGGAUGCCAGCUCAAACUUCCCCCUGAUGUGAGGAGAAGCCAGCCUGCAUCCAGUCCUGGGGAUCAGCUAUGCAAGCUCCAAUUUCCCCCUGGGGUGGGAAGAGGCCAACCUGCACCCAGGUGUUCACCCAUCCCAAGCCUGGUGCCCACCCAAAGUUCCCCUUGGAGAGGGGAGAGGCCCCCUGGGACCCAGCUCCAGGGCCCUGCAGAAACUGUGCUGCUGUGGCAGCUCCUCUCCUCGCCCUUGGAGGAAGGGGGAACCAGAAAGAUGGGGUGCAGCCCAGCCACCAGCUCCCGUACCCAGAGCCGGUGCUGCCACUGUUUGCUGCCCACGGCUGGAGAUGAGUUGUGCCUGCGGAGAGUGGCACACACAGACCCAGAAGCUGUAGCUAGUGUGGGGAGUGUGCCUGGGACAGGCAUGGAGAGAAGAGGAAGAGGGAGCUGGGGAACGAGGGGCGUGUCUCCCUCCUGGCCAGGAGAGUAAACAUUCCACCCCAGAUUACUGGCUGUGGCAUGAGGUGAAGGUCAUUCUGGCCACAGCUGCCCUGGCAGCAUGGCACCCUUAGCCCCAGCAGCAGUUGGGCCGGGCCACGAGGGUCGGGGACCUCAAGGACAAGGGCACAAGGAUAGACAUUUGUAGGUGGCGUGUCCUGUCUGAGUCUCGGGCCCCCAAACCCAUUGGCCAGUUUGGCUCAGACCUCGGCGUUGGACUCAGGACUCCAUCCCCAAGUAAUGGACCUGGCUUGUGUCCACGGUCCCCCGGGAGAGAGGGUCCUGGACUAUUUCCCUCACACAUCAGCCAUGGCAGUGGACAUCGAGUGCCGCUACAGCUGCGGUGCUCCCCUCCUUCACAGGGAAAGAUUUUCCCGGCAGAUCACUUCCCAGUCCAGCAAACCCCUGAGGUCCUGUAUCCAGAAGAGCGGCCAGGCCCAGGCUCAGGGCCGGGACUGGGGCCAGGAGCAGGAUGAAGGUGCUGGGGCGGGGGCCCCGCCUCCCCGAGACAAAAGGGCGAAGAAGCGGGUGUCCUUCGCUGACCACCGGGGCCUGGCCCUGACCACCGUCAAAGUGUUCUCCGAGGCGGACGACCCCUUGGACAUCCCGUUCAACAUCACCGAGCUCAUCGACAAUCUGGUGAGCUUGACCACCGCGGUGGAGCGAGAGAACCUGGUGCUGGACUUCCCGCAGCCCUCGGCCGACUACCUGGACUUCAGGAACCGGCUGCAGGCCGACCACGUGUGUCUGGAGCACUGUGUGCUGAAGGACCGCGCCGUUGUGGGCACGGUCAAGGUGCAGAACCUGGCCUUCGAGAAGAGCGUCAAGGUUCGCAUGACCUUUGACACCUGGAAAAGUUUCACCGACUUCCCGUGCCAGUACGUGAAAGACACCUACGCCGGCUCAGACCGCGACACCUUCUCCUUCGACGUGCGCCUGCCGGAGAAGAUCCAAUCCUACGAGCGGGUGGAGUUCGCCGUGUGCUUCGAGUGUGGCGGCCGCACCUAUUGGGACAGCAACCGGGGUGCCAACUACCGGAUCGUUUGGGCGGAACUGCGGGCGGCAGCGCAGUGGCCGCUGCGGCCCCCGGGAGAGCCGGAUGCCGGGAGCGCCUUUGACCAGUUUGGGAGCCCCCGGUGCUCCUACGGCGUGUUUCCCGAGUGGCCGAGCUAUCUCGGCUACGAGAAACUCGGUCCCUACUACUAGCCUUGGCUCUCUGACGGACUGGGGGCCUGCCGGCCCAUCUGUUGGUCUGACAGGCCCAGUGGUGGUCGGACCGACAGACGGACGGACAGACAGACGGGUGCCGCCUCUUUGCCUGGGCCAGGGGAGGCCACUGGACCGGACCUGGGAUAGGGGUGGGGGAAGCUGCCGUCCCGUCCCAUUCCGCAGAGACCCCCCAGCUGAUCCUGUUCAGGUUUCCCGUCCUGGAGGUCAGCCGGCCCCUCCGAGGGCACACGCAGUUUGGUCCGGUACUGCUUGGCCUGUCCCUCACCAUGCUGCUAGUCCUCACCUGUCCAAACACUUAACACUUAAGAUGUUUACCCAUUGUGCAGUUGGGGGUGGCGUCCUCGGGUCGCCCCCCUCGCUACAUGCCAAAUUUGGCUUCGAGAGGGGACGUGGGAGUCCGCCCUCCUUUUUUUUUGUUUUUUAUCUGUAGUGUUGCAUUUCACUCACAUUGAGAGCCCCCUUUUUUUUUUGUAUCUCAUUUCCAUACCCACGUCUGCUCUCUGGUCUCCCCAACAAGGUCAAGAUGGCGGGGAUGGGCGAGCGUCUCCUCCCUGGCUUCUCCCAGCUCAGCCCUGUGCCUUCUCCGGCAGGAAGGGACACAGGGGUGGGGACAGGUGCGCACGGAAUCCAAGGGCUCUGGGGGCCGUCAGACAGGAUAGGGCAGAGGGGCCAUGGCGCAGCGGCGGGGAGGUUCGCGGUGACUCCAGGGUAACAGCGGUGCCGGGGGGCCUCCUGGGGCCGAGGCUCCAGACGGCUUGAGGCGUCGGUUGGGUCUGACCGGUCAGGCAGGUUUAGGAGAAUCUCGCCCCUCCCUGUGUGGGUCCUUCUGCCCCGUCAUAGGCGCUCGGCUGGAGGGGCAUAACAGGCAGGGUCACCUCCAGUAGCUUCUGGUUCAGAAGUUGGGGCAGAUGCGCUUUAUUGUUAUUAUUUUUUUUUUAUUACAAUGAUGAUAUGCAGGUCACUUUAUAAGAAUCCUAAGACUGUGUGGGUGUGAUAGUCUUCUUAUUUGUAGCUGUGUGUAUGCGUUUGUGUAAGGGGGAGUGAACGAGAAGCUGAGGGCUUCCUCCCUUUAUUUUAGCUUUUAAAGGUUUUGUAGACACUGAAAACUCUGCUGUGCCUGCACCAAUUGGUGACUCUUAACCAAUCUAUCAGUUAGCAGUGGUACCUAUUGAAGGCCUGUUUGGGCAACCCACUGUCCUGAAUGCUUGGGAGAGGACAGUUAGAAUUAGCAGACAAGAUCCCUGCGCCCUAGGGGCUCCCGGUGGAGCCGGGGAGAUGGACGGUGACAUCAGUGCCAGACAGGAAGAGGGACGACUGGGCCGGAGCAAUAGAUAGUAGUUGUCUUGGCCCAUGGUGGCGGCCACGGGUUCUGGUAGGGUAGAUUUCUCCCUAUGGGAAGAGGCGGGUAGGGGUGCAGGAGCCUCCCUGAGCACCAGUGGGUGGCUCCAGUGGGGUGGGAUUGGAAUAUAGUCAAAUGAGGUCAUGGGUGACUUCCAUCUCACUGCGCCAGAACCACCUGAAGUCAGCCCACGUCAAGCAGACCACGGCCCAGUUCGUCCCCGGGGCUUGGGCCGGUCCAGGUGGAGGCGCUGGCCGAGGGACUCCGAGAGCGAGGCUCCCUUUGUAAUGUGAGUGUCUCCUCUCGGGAGACUUCGAGGCUGGGUAGCCUUAUCCUCGGCCUCUUCCGGCACAACGGGCGUCCUGUGCUGAGUCGUUUUUGAUCUUCUUGUGGGGUGGCACUGUCCUUGAGCGUUCUGUGCUGUGCCACAGGCCGACCCGGUCCCGUGCUGUGACCUGUCCCGCAUUGCCUUACACUGAUUCGAUGUCCUUGACCAUCUGCACUGCCACACUGUCCUAUGCUAGCCAGUGGUUGUGACGAUGCCCUAGACCGUCCUUCUGGUCAUAGAGCCUCCCGGUUCUGCCAUCGUGUCUCCCUAGUCGGCGUCCCCCCGGCGGUGGGCUCUGUGGAGCCCCUGCCGGCUGCCCUGAGACCGGGGGAAGCAGAGGCUAAAUGAACAACCCGCCCCUGGAGUCGGGUCCCCCUCAAACCACCUCCUCAAGUCACUGGGUCAGAGCCCUCUCUACUCCCAUCAACCCUCAAAUGCUAUACGGUAGCAGAAUGAGUCAGCCUCGACGCAGUGGCGACAAUGACGACCUCCGAUAGGGGAGGCGGAAGCCCCAGCCGUGCUGUGGCAGGGCCUUUGGUCUGGGUCGGAGACCAGGUUGGGGCUUCUUGUGGGCCCCCCUGACGGCUGAAGGAUGGCUCACUCUCCCGUGUAGGCAGGGUCCGGGCUCCUGGGACGGCGAUCUCGUUCUUUGGUUCAGUGGUUGUCCCAGUAAAACCCUGCUGAGUUUUGUGUCAGUCUUUGAGAUAGAGGAAUUAAGGCAGGGUCCGAGAGAAACCAUUUCCAAGAGGCCUAACUAUUCUCCCAAGCAAUGAGCUCCCAAGGGCCUCUGACAGGCUCGCCGCCUGUUCCCUUUAGACUUUUUGCAGGGGAGGAUGAAAUGGGGUGGGGCAGGGUGGGAGGGGAGGGCACCCCGAGCAUCCGGGAUGAGGUUUCCCCAUUGUGGUCAGAUAUCCCCUAUCAAGGAGAGGUUUUAAGAGAUGUCACAUUUGAGCAUGGAGGAGAGACUCACUUUGGAUCCUUACAUCAGCAUUUGCUGUUUAAAUGAAGUCUUUACCUAAGGAUCCCUGACUGGGCUUUGCAAUGGGCUGCACGCUCGGCUGUGACCCUGUGUCGACCACCUCCGCUAGUCAUGGACGUCCCUCGGCCUUGACGUUUGAUGGGAGCUGAUGAAUCCAGCCUGUCCCGAGGUCACUGGUCCCCGGUCCGCUCGACGGCCCCCUUCAUCCGGCUUGGAUCCCCUCCUCUUCUCAGUGCUAGAGUGGAGCAGAGAACCUGCCCAUUCUGAACAUUUGCCCGGGGCUUGGGCUUCUCCCGGGGUGGUCCAGAGGGACAAAGGCGGUCAGGGCUUGGGGAGGGGUAACUUGGUCUCUUCCAGGUCGUGAUGUAACUGAAAGUUUCCUAUCUUGACCCUUGGGUACCCUUUCAGCUCCAGGAAACUGACUUUCAAAUCAGCGGAGAUGGGAAAGGAUGUGGUUUUUACGUUUCUCUCUUUCUGUCUUCCGCGAAAAUUUAGAAGCGAGGGGCUUGUCUUCUCCUUUCAUGCCCGGAAGUGCCUUGCAAAGACAUUUCUGCAUGUGUUUAAAAUAAAAAGAUAUUUUUGUACACAAAGUUCAAGGAGAAAAUGCACUUUAUAAUCACAAGAAUGGAUCUAUUCUGUGUGUUUUACGAAAACGGUUUGUUUUUAUCGCAAAGUGAAAAUAUAAUAAAGGGAAAACCAAAACAGAAA